GACAACACACAAAAGCCACACGUUGGGGGGAAAGCUCGCGGUACGUUAUAUAAGGGCUGUACAGCUGAUUCGGGAAUCAGUUUUUGUUCAGAAGUGAAAGGCUCCUCGAGGGAGGAAAAAAAAAAAGAAAAAGCCGGUAGCCGGUUUUUCUGAUAAGGAACUCUUUUUUUUUUUUGUUGUUGUGAUAUUAGUGUAGAAAAAAAAAAAUGGAAGUGCUUCCCAUCAGCAACGAAACUUAUAAUAAUGAAGAAGAAUGGGACUGUCCGGAAAACCCGAACGAGCCGGCACUGGUCGAGGCCCUUUCGAAACGUCUCGAAGCCGAGCUGCGCGAAGCAAAAAACACGCAUCUGAUGGUGGGCGAAGUGCUGCUGCCCAAUGGGCUCACUCGUCGCAUUGCGCAGCAUAUUUUCCGGAUGGCGGACAGCGAAUUUUACGGGCUGCGCGGUUGCACGCUGUACAUCGACUUCGAAGGCGAAGGUGUCAACCGGAAGCUGAGCAGUUUCAGGUGCGACCCGACCACGCCAGCGACUUUCGAAGUUUAUCUGACUUUGAAGCAGUCCACAGCCGCCUGGAACAGCUUUUUGCCGCAAUUUUUAAAAAAAAUUACACGAAGCGGAGCAGUGAUGAUCAGUCCAGAAUACCAACUUCAAUUGAAGAAGCUCUACAGAUCUUCUCUAAAUUAGAGAGUGUUUAUCGAUUAGAAAGACUGAUAUAUCUAUCACAAUGAUAGAACACAUAAUCAAAAAAAGAAAAGUAUAUAUUUUAUAAUAACCAACCCUCUCCCCUGAGUGAUAGUAUUUUGAAAAUUUAGAUUUUAAACAUUUGAAGCAAUAAAUAUGUGACGACCAAAAUGUCGAGAUAAACGGGUCACAUUCUUCGGUAUGUGAUAACUAAUUUUGUGAUCUUAAUAUCUCGAAGAUUCAAGGAAAUUUCAAAGAAAUUCCCUAGAAGAUGUGAUAAAAUGUUAAUUCAAAUUAUUUUUUUUUUUUUUUGUGAUAUUAGUUGUUUACUUGAGGAGUGGGUGAGAAUCAGCAAAAUUUUUACAGUAUUAAAUAAAAGGCCUCUUCUACCCAGUAGAGGCUUUGGCAGAUUCUCGCUCAGACUCGAUUUAUGGUGAAUUUGAUCUCAAAUCAAUAUAGGGAUGAUGAUUGAUUUAAAAAAAAAAAUGAUGUUUUGUAUGUUUUUUGAUAAUAUAGUAGAUUUACGUUUUCUAUUUUAUAAGUGUGAUAGUGCAGGAAUCUGUACCCGAGCUUUUUUUAUAGAGGUAAUAUUAUGUAAAGUUAAAACAGUUAUUUACGAGAAAAUUUAUAUGAAAAAAAAAUUAAUAAAAAGUUUUUAUUAUUUGAA